CAUCUUUGUACUUUGAGGUCUCCAUUCACAUCCAUUACUACUAGUUCAAGUUAUGUUUCUUAUCUGCCUUCUUUUCUUUUGUACAAAACGCCAAUUGCCUGGUAUGACUUUUUUUGUCGUCACGGUGCCCAAAUCUCAUUUGGAAAAAAGAACCCAAUGCCCGCCCGUCGUUGGGGAUGAUGCCAUGCCGCCCUAUUCCCAUAGUUUCCCACCACACCCACACCCCCCCAAAAAAGGCCAACAUAUGCUUGGGGGAUUGGCGAUGAAAAAAGAAAGAAGAAAACAAUGGACACAAUGGUCUAGGUACAGCUUUUUCACUUGGCCACGACCAGUUCUUUUUCUUUUCCAUGACCGAAGAUAUCCACAUUAUAAUCGUAACAAAAAACCCUGAACAAAAAUCAAAGUAUCUGAGAGAUCCUUUGUUUUGUUUGGGUGGGGGUCUGCUGGUUCCCUUCCAGAACGAGAAAAAUGCAACAUGCCUGCUUAUACAUACAAGGCCGAGAAAGUUCCUUCACUUCGGCUUGUUCAUUUAGUUGACGCCCGCCCCUCCGUUGGAAGUCGCACAAUUGG